CGCGUAGUUUGGUCGGCAGAGAAAGACAGAGGGAAAAAGGGAGCGAAUGAAUAACGGGAACUGGGUCGGUUUGGAAAUUAAACCCAGCAGAGUUUCCCUCUGCGUGGCCGAGCGUGGGAGCUGCUACAGAUAAAUAAAAAGGCGGGGAUCGUCUGCUUCGACUUCUUGGCAGCCACACACAGAGGAGUAGCCGGUGGAGUACUGGAAUGAAAUAAUAGGCACAGGGAUGAAGAUGCUCUCCACUUUCCUCCUGGAACUCUUGAUCCAUCCCAUUAGCUUUGUUUAGACUUCAGCUUGUGUUUUUACAAGUAAAAAAACACGUACACAUCUUUUUUUUUAUUACCUCUUGCUUCUCCUCUUCGUAUUUUGGCGGAACACCAAUACCUUGCUACCAGUUUUUACAAACUUAGUUGAAAUCAUGGCAAACAUGUGCCUGUACGGCAGCUUCACCCACGCCGUGGUGCGGGGCAUCCCAGAGACCUUUGGGAAAACGGUGGGAGAUGGUCGCGAGAACGGGGAGAUCUCGGUGGACCUGGCCAAAGCUCAGCGUCAGUUCGGUUGCCUAACAGGAGCCCUGAGGCAGAAGGUCGGCCUGCAGCUGAUCGAGAUCCCCCCUGACCCCGAGCUGCCAGAGAGCUGGAGGAUAGAGGAUGUGGCAGUCAUCCAGGGAGACACAGCGCUCAUCACCAGGCCCUUCAAACAGCAGAGACGCAGUGAGGCGGAGGCAGUGAGGAGAGUGAUGUCAGAGCUGAACCUGACUGUGGUGGAGAUGGGGGCCGAGGAGGGGGACUCCGGAGGGGCCACGCUGGAGGGCAGUGACGUCCUCUUCACGGGGAGGGAGUUCUUUGUCGGCAUCUCCUCUCACACCAACCGCAGAGGGGCGGAAGUGCUGGCAGACACGUUCAGGGACUUCGCUGUGUCCACCGUCCCCGUCUGUGGCGGAGCCCGACUGAAGAACAUCUGCUCCAUGGGAGGUCCGGACACAAUCAUCAUCAGCAGCACUGACGGCGCCAAGAAGACACUCCGGAUGAUGGAACAGCUGACUGAUCACCACUAUGAAGUGCUCACUGUUCCAGAGGAAUCGGCAGCAAACUGCGUCUACAUCAAAGGUCCGUCUAAUCGAGACUUCCUGCUCCACCGACCUGCAGAGGAAUGUCCCGACAGUGUCUCUGCCUUCCAGAAGCUACAGGACUACACCCUUCUGCCGACAGCCUGCAGCGAGGCCUCCAAACUGGGAGCGUCUCUGUCCUCGUUCUGCCUCCUCAUCAACAGAAAGCACACAUAUUUCUGAAAACACACUCCUAACCAUCAGUACGUUACACAGCAUUUACCUGCACAUGUUUUAUGGUGGAGUGAAGGGAGAGGCGAGGCCACGUCGCAGAUUAAGAUUCUUGUCUAUUUAUUUGUAACACCGACACACAUCAUCUGUAUGAGAAUAUGAUCCAACUGUAACAUCUGCUAUCUGACUUUGUGUAGCAAACGAGCUGAUUCUUGGCACCGCUGCCCCCCCCCCCUGCUGAACCAACAGUGCAGCACGCUGGUUCCCACACAAAACUCUAACCACUAAAUUCAGCUGUAGCUUCACACUGUUUUAACUUGUGACCACCACUGAGCUGACAACACAUUAACACAAAUGUAAUUAAAAGAAGAACACCAGGGUAAACAGGCGAUGUUGGUACUCAGGGGUUUCUGCAGGAUUCACCUAGUUUAAGACACCAGAGAAUGCAAUUUAAUACCUGUUUCAUGAGCAUACCAACUAAAGUGUGAUGGAAAACCAGCAGGGAUGUUAUGACCUUCAAUUAUUUGUCACAAUUAUUCAGUACUUCCCAGCAGUUUGUAAUAAUACAAUUUGUAGGACCUGGAUAAGCAGCAUAAAAUUAGUUGAUGAACCAAUUAAGUGGUCCAGUGUGUAACAUUCAGGAGGAUCUAUUGGCAGAAAUUGAAUAUAAUGACCAUAGGAAUGUCUUUCAUUAGUAACACCUGAAAAUAACAAUUGUCGUGUUUUUGAUACCUUGGAAUGAGUCGCUUUUGUCUAGACGCCACAGGUUGCCUUCCAUGUUUCUACAGUAGCCCAGAAUGGACACAAACACAGGAUCUGAAUGGACUUAUACAGCCAGUUAGUUGCAAUCUGCAACUUCACCACUAGAUGCUACUAAAUUCUACACACUGGACCUAUAAGUCUAAAAUGUAAACCAUCACUGCUAACAGCACAAGCAGAGCUUUUUAAGAUAUCCUGUGGUACCCAAAUGUAUGUCUGCCGUUUUGUGACAGUGUAUAGUCUCUAUUCCAUUACUCUUCUUGUACUAGUUUUACUGACAGCCUCAAUUACAGAACAUGCUAAGAAUAAUGCAGAGUUUAUAAGUGUUUUAGCUUUGUGUAUGAAUUUGUAGCAGGUGUAGUCAAGCCAAUAAAACUGACAACUCAA